AUGUUGUCGGAGUUCAUUUGCUGCAAGGACGAAGAGUUUGAUCAAGCUAUGAGGAUUAGAAGAGAGGCCAGGAAGAUCGCAGCAAGCAUCCCGGGAGUUGAAUCGAUUGCGAUGGAGGGAGAGGAGAGGAACAUUCUAACAGUGAUUGGUGAAGAAAUCGACCCAGUGAGGCUUGUCCAAUUGCUUCAGAAGAAGGUCUGUUUUGCUAAGAUCGUGAGUUUUGGCCCUAACCAAACCAAUCCUGCGCCCACGCCUACGCCUGUGCCUGAGCCCGUGCCUACGCCUACGCCUGUGCCUGAGCCCGUGCCUACGCCUGUGCCUCCCAUUUGGCGAAUAGUUGAAAUCAGAGAACCUACCUCCUGCUUCAACUUUUGA